AGCCUAUUAUUAUGGCCGGAGUGGAAGGAGAUUCAGCAGCAAUGAGGAAGAUAAGGUCAUGGCUUUGGUGAGGAAGGGGUUCGGCAACAAUGAAGGAGAGAAGAUGAUGAAGAUCGACGACGGCCAUGGCUUUGGUGAGGAAGGAGAUUCGGCAGCAAUGAGGAAGAUAGGGUUUCAGUUUGUGGUGGAGAAGCGGAAAAGAUGAGAUUUAGACUCUUUGGUAAAAAAAUGGUAUAGGUAAAAAUAAAAAGGGAAAUAAAUAAGUAAAACACAAUUUUUUUU